GUUACUUGUGGUGCUUCACCUGACCUUGCAGUCAUCGUUAAUAUGCUCGAACAAGACGACGCCCUCUCCCAGCAACUGCUGGCGCGUAGGCGGCGGCGGCGGCGGCGGCGCAACGCCUCGGCGCUCGUCAUCCGCACGGGCGCCAUGUCCGCGUGGAACAGCGCCGCCAAGACGCUGGUGCACGCCAUCGCCGUCAGACCGUCGCCGAAUUUCUACAAGGACCUGCAGACUACAUUCCAACAGAAAUCAACCAUGGCCUAUGUAACUCUGCUGCGCUCCCACCAGCCGGCGGUGUACGCGCUGUGCCUGCUGCUGAGCGUGUUCGCGCUGGCGGCCGUCGUCUCGGGCGUCGUGUUCGUCGUGCUGCGCAUGUACAACCGCUGCGGCGCGCGCCGUCAGGUGGACGUCACCGACGAGUACCGACAGCGCUACGGCACGCUCGUCAAGAUGCAGCUCGUCUGCAUCGGAGGCCUCGGGACAUGGCUGCUGGCCUUGUACUUGUGCAAUGGUGGCAUCCGGGCAGGCCUCACGGACAUGGACGCAGCCGACCAAAGUAUGCAGGUGGACACCUACGCGUUCUUCAAACAUAUGCAACAGGCUUUCGGCGAGAUCUUCAACACUACUUACCCUGUGCUGAACGCUAUCGCCAGCGACGUUGGAGAUAGUGACCUCAUGGCGUCCAAGGUCCUGGCUCGGUAUAAGAACAAGGAGAACGCAUCUUCCAGCGCCUUGUUCUCUCCAGUGGACAAUGCCAUUAACUUGGGCCCUUCCUUCUGUGUUCUUCCCUCUUCUUGCACCACUGACCUUUUACUGACCCACAUCGUGAACGCUACAUGCCGGGCAAGACGCUACGCCUUCUGUAUCCGCAAGGGCCUCGUCCCAGAUGAAGUAAGUGCUCUCUUUGGCCCUGUAAAACCGUCGUGGGGACACGUUAAAAGACUGUGCAGAUUAAUGCGGUCAGAACUGUGGCGGCAAGUUCGUCUGUUUCAAGAUUGGCUUCGAUUGCUUUGCUACGUUGACCACCCCGGAUGGCUUGCCGCAAGAAAGCUAGCGUCGCUGAUGAAAACAGCUGCUCAACUCACGGAGCACCAUUGGAGGUGCCUUCUGAACCUGUUGCUGUCUUGUCUAAACAACAGGGACACUACACAAGGGAGUAAAAGAAGUGUAACCGUCCUAGGAAAUGUUUCCCUGCCUGAGAAUGUAACACGUCUCCUGCAGAAGGGCCCAAAAUAUGGUUUGGAGCCUGGUGUCCCAGCCCAUGAGCUGAUUGCAACGAACAGGAAAUUGGCCAUGAAAACGAGAAAUGAAGAGGACCGGGACCGCUGCCUUCUUGAGGGUGUAGACUGUCUGCGAAAGUGCUCAACAAACGUUCUUGACGCGCAGAAUCAUAGAAAUGUGUUAAAUGGUGUGGUUUCUUUGUUCAAAAGAAAUAACCUUAUGCUUGUUCAAGCAGACAAAGAGACAGGGUUUGUUGUUCUACCAAAGGGAAUGUUCAAUGAAAAAGCGCAAGUGGCAAUCAAUAAGAAUUUUGAGCCCAUUAAGAAGAGUGCCGUUAGGGUCAAGACCAAGUUUAUUAACUUCUGCAGGGAAUUAAAUCUUGACAAACUUGCGAGGGAUAUUGCUAAUAGCAGAGGUAGUAGCCUAAACGCAUUUUUUACAGCCAAGACCCACAAACCAGAUAUUCCAUUCCGGACUAUCGUUAGUGAAGAAGGUUCGUGGCAAAUAAACGUUAGUCGGUUUUUGCAAAAGCAUCUCAAAACACUUGCUUUGGAUGAUCCGUUCUUAACAAAGAAAUCUACGGAUGUCGCGCUGUUUCUUGAGAGCACAGACAACAUUGGCUUUGGUUUUUCUGUAGAUGUACAGGACUUGUUUUAUUCUGUGCCUCAGGAUCAGCUUUUGUUGGCUGUUAGAGAAUGCGUAGAAGCAAACGGCGAAGUGUCAUUCCGGAACUCAACAGGCUUGUCAGUAGAUAAUUUUAUAUCUUUGUUGCAGUUUUACCUCAAAUCUACUUUUAUUGUUUAUGACAACCUGCCUUUUUUGCAGCGCAACGGUAUCUGCAUUGGGUCCUGCGUGGCUCCAAUUCUUUGCGAUAUUUUUUUAGCAAAGGUAGAUAGAUUUUUAGAUAGGUCGUUUUUGGGGGGGUUCGUUUUAAAGGUUUUUAGAUACGUAGAUGACUUUUUAGUGCUUUUAAAAAAGCAGACGGCCUUCACCUACCUCUCUACAGUAGGUGAAGUUUUAAACGCAUUUGACAAGCAUGCACUUGGGCUAAAUUUUACCCACGAACUACCUGACGCAAAUGCCUUACAGUUUUUAGACCUGAGACUAACCUUUGAUGAAAACCACGUUUGCUGGGGCUACUUCCCUCGCGCAAAAAAGGACUUGCUGCCAUAUGAUUCAGCGCAUUCCAAAACUGUAAAAAGGGCUAUAGCGUCGCACUGUUUGGAAUCGUCUCUUCAGAAGUCGUGCCCGCACCUGAUGCAGACAAGUUUUGAGAAUCAGGCCAGCCGACUUGUGGCGGCGGGAUUCCCCCAUUCGGUUUUGAUUGCGGUGUCUGAGACCCUCCUUCAGAAGCUAAAACUGGGAACACGAGUAAAAGAUGACCGUCGGAAGACCGACAAGCCUUUGGUUGUGCCGUACCUGCACAAGACUUCGCACAGUCUUAAGAAGGUAGCCAACAGGCAUGGUGUUUCCGUUGUUUUUUCGGCACCCAACAAGCUGGCGCAGUUAUGCCCACGCAUCUGCAACUCUAAAAAAAGAGGUUGCCAGCUAAAACAUGAGAAGCCGUUCAUCAAGUGUUCCAAAGGAGUGGUCUACGCCAUCCCCUUGAAGUGUGGAAAGGCUUAUAUCGGCCAAACCGGCCGCUGCAUUAAUGAACGCUUGGGGGAACAUGCCCGAAAUUUAAGCAACUUAAAGGACAAGUACGCACAUUUGGUCGCGCAUGUAAUUGGAUGCACAGGUUGCGAGGCUCGUUUGGGAGAGACGAAGAUUCUCGGGAAGAGUGCCGACGAGACGGCGCGCGUCAGUUUGGAAACGUUCUACAUACACAAAUAUGGCAGCAAGUGCGUAAGCACCCCUUCUGUAUCGCUUUUUGCGGCAGAGCUUCAAUUUUUGGAAGCGGCUGCUUUCUGAUUUCACUGUAUCUUAGUAUCCCUCGUCUUUUGUUAGUGUUUGUCUAGUUUCAUCGUUUUCUUGUUUCUUCGCGCCUGUAUGCGUUGACUGCUGGCAUGUUCGUUUAUCGAUGCGCAUCAUCAUUUUCCCCGAUUGUAUUAUUCCCUUCCCCUUUCGCUUCUGCCUUUCCCCUUAUAUAAGGCACCCGUCUUCCGUUAAUAAAUGUUAGUUGACAGUCAGCGCUUGUGUCCUGUCCCUUACUUUGUGGUUGCAUGUGUUUGCGCUGUAAACAGUUUUAUGUCAAGUAUGCACCA